CCUCGUCCUCUCGAGGCAAAACACACCCACACAUCCACCCUCUCUCCCUCUUCUUCCUCCUUCUUCCAGCUCCAGAAAAUAGAUACGCCGAUCGAGGAGGAGGAGAAAGCGAGAGAAACACUUGUUUGUUUGCACUUGAGCAGCGGCGCCGGCGAUCGAGAUGGCGGCUCACAAGCGGCUCCACGACGGCUUCGAGCAGGACCCCGACCAGCCCGAGAAGAAGCGGAUGGAGCGGUCGGUCUCCUUCUCCACGGUCAUCCGUGAGGCCAUGGUGAUGAAGCAGGUCCAGAGUGUGUUCCUGGUGCUGGAGCCUCUCCUGCGCCGAGUGGUGCAGGAGGAGAUCCAGGCGGGGCUGGUGCGCAGCCCGCGGUACAUCGAAAGGUCGUCGCCGGAGACGCCGCCGGCGGCGGAGCCGCCCGCGUUGAGGCUGGCGUUCCUGUUCCCGCCGGCGCUGCCGAUCUUCACCGGCAGCAAGAUCGAGGACGUGCACGGCGAGCCGCUCCAGGUCAUCCUCGUCGACGCGGUCACCGGGUCGCCCUGCGGCGCGCUCCCGCAGUUCAUGCGCGUCGAGCUGGUGCCGCUCUUCGGGGACUUCCCGCCGGACGGCCGCGAGGACUGGACGACCGGCGACUUCGCCCGCGGCGUCGUCAAGGAGCGCGCGGGGAAGCGCCCGCUCCUCACCGGCGACGUCGGCCUCACCAUGCGGGACGGGCGCGCCGUCGUGAACGACCUCCAGUUCACCGACAACUCCUCCUGGGUCCGCUGCCGCAAGUUCCGCAUCGGCGCGCGCGUGAUGCCGGGCAGCUACGAGGGCGGCAGGGUCGCCGAGGCCAUGACCGACGCCUUCAACGUCCGCGAUCACCGCGGUGAACUGUACCGGAAGCACUACCCGCCGGCGCUCACCGACGACGUGUGGCGGCUGGAGAAGAUCGGCAAGGAGGGGGCCUUCCACCGGAAGCUGCGGCAGAACGGCGUGGAGACCGUGCAGGAGUUCGUGCGGAUGCUCACCGUGAGGCCGGAAAUGCUGCGCGCGAUAAUGGGCGACGGCAUGACGGACCGCAUGUGGGAGGUGACCACGAGCCACGCCAAGACGUGCGGCGCCGGCGACAAGGUGUACGCGUACGCCGGGCACGGCGCCACCGUCUACGUCAACUCCCUCUGCCAGCUGGUCCGGCUCGAGUUCGCCGGCGUCGAGUGCGCGGCGCAGCAGCUGAGCAGGGACCAGAAGGCGUACGUGCACCGGCUGUACGUGGAGGCGUUCGAGCAGCGGCACAGCCUCCAGGAGGCCGAGCCCCUGCCCGCCGCCAUGCUCCUCCACGCCAGCAGCAGCAGCAACAGCCUCCCAAUGCUGCAGAACGCAGCGCCGGCCGCCCCACCGCCGCUUCCGGCGACGCCGCUCUGGUUCCCGGGGAACCAGGAGCUGGACCUCCAGAUCGUCGACGAGCUCUCCGGCGGCCAGGGCAACUUCGGCUUCCAGAUGUUCCAGAGCAACUUCGGCUAAAGAUGCAGGAGGAGCAGAGCUUCAGCUGUGUACAUUAACCAAUGCUGCUACUACUACUACCACUACUGUCUAUUAUCUACUCUAUUUCAGAAUGUGUGUGAGUUCAGGUCAGUUCAGUCACACCAAGGUGUAAGACAACUAGGUGAACUUGGGCGGCCCUCGCCGCUCGCCGAGGAUGCGCUCAAGCAUCCGCGGGCGGCGACAAGAGGCGAUCGAUCGGUCGGUCGAGUGAAAUUCUUUGGUUUAUUCGUAUGCUUUGUUGUAGUCAUAUAUACUUCCACUAUAAGCUCUAAGUGUUGGGCGUCCAUGGUGAUAGUGUCGCUUGUAAUGUUGGGGGUGGCAGCUUCACCUUUUUCUAGCAUUUCCACAGGUUAUGGGUCUUGUAAAUUCCAAGUCUCAAUAAAGGGAACAAAAACUUGCCUUUU